AUGGAUGAUCCAACGAAAGAAACACAACAACCUCGGGGAGUCCGUAGCCGUCUCUACCAGUGGGCCGGUCAGGCGGUCAACAAACUGCUUGACACCAACAUGGGGCCUGCUGCUCCUUCAGCUCCAAGUCAUCAGACAGACGGCACCUCUACACCGAAUCCCACGCAUCAAGAUGAUGGCAAUGACCCUCCAAAUCCUUCGAAGUUGUCUGAUCACUGCCACUUGUGGUUCAAGGCCUCACCACUGCCAACGAAUGCAGUACCAACCUCCGGCAAUACUUCGAGCGCAACCGUCCCUUGCAAGACAUAUCCGCCCACCAUAGGCAUUGUCUGUGUUGACGCCCUCGGAGAUGUCCAUAGCGCCACCACAUUUGUCAAGCGCGACCUGGGGUUUCAGGGCCAGAUCGGUCAAUACGUCCUCCUCAGCUACGGGGACACUCUGUACAGCGAUGCCAACUAUAGCGACACGUGGCGGGGCAUGACGAGCGAUUCUCUUGCGAUAGCCACACAAAAUCCGACCGUGGUCGUGGAUCCAGUCCUCAACUCCGACGGCUACCCGCCGCAGUUCUGCCCAAUAAUGUCGUCUUACGGAGAAGAUGCGACAACAUGCGCCUUAGGCAUCACCAAUGUGGUUGAGACCACGGCGUCCAACCAAGGCGUCAUGUUCUUCCUCCUCAACCACCGUCCCAACGGGACCAACAAUCUAAUCGGCGCCGGUGUCGCCUCGAUCACCCUCGACACAUCGGCAUAUCCUCCUGUUCCGCAGAUAAGCCGUCUGCCUCCCCAGUACUGGUGGGACGCUACAUGUGAACCGUGGUACGGGGAUGUCUGCGCGCUGGGAUGGAAUGGAUAUGUCUAUGCAUAUGGUCACGGCCCUCAAGGCAAUCCCUGGGUGUACUUGACCCGAGUCCCUGUGGAGGAAGCCACCAACGUCAACUGUUACGAGUAUUGGAACGGCGAGACGUGGCAGGCCGACAGACUCGACGGGAAAACAAUCGGUGCAACGGAGAGCGUGUUCUGGCAGAUCAACCAGGGCCAGGUGGUCUGGUCCAACUACUUUGGAUGCUUUCUCUUCGUUUAUUGUGACAAUUGGAUGAACUCAAAAGUACUUCUGAAGACUGCACAACAGCCGGAAGGGCCGUGGUCGGACCCGAUCACACUGUACCAAGCGACUCCCAUCACUCCCGGCAGUUCCAUCUACGCCGCGGUACCGCAUCCCUAUUUCGACGAGACAGGGAAGACGUUGGUCGUCACGUUCACAAACCAUCCGAACACCGUGCAAGCCGUGCGUGUCACCUUUGCGUGA